GUCUGAAAACAUAGCCCAGAGCUAGUACACAACCUUUUGUAAAACUACAAAAAAAAUUCCACCAAAAUUCAAAAUUCAAAGUUUUUAGUUUUGGGCCUUUCAGGACAAGUGAAAAAUUCAGUAGUAUGCGCUUAUUUGGCAGAGUAACCAACAUUUUACAGAUAUCUAGAUGCGUCAGCUACCAUGCGCCGCUUUACCGACCGCGCAGCCUACUCCAUGCUGAACGGUUGAGGCAACUUUGCACCAGUGCCUCCUCCGGAUCCAAGUCUAGCCGGAGGACGGGUCACCCGUGUCGCGUCCGGGUGCAGAGGUACUCCCAAAAGGGUAGCAAUGUGUUCUCGGUCAGCGAUAACGUGGAUAUGCUGCGCAAGCGGAUUAGCUUUUCCGGCACCUCGGGCAAUGCGCCCAAGAUCAUGCCCAUUGGACUGAUUACGCCGGAAAAGGGCGAUGGCAAGGAUCUGAAGAUAGUCAUUGUGCCCUUGGAUCUGUCCGGCAUGGAUGGCAACGAACUCAAGGACACACUGGAAACCAUCAACAAGUUGCGCUUGUACGCCAACCACAUCGAGACCUUCUCCAACAGCAUGGUCGAGGAAUACGGUGCCUUGAACGAGGCCCUGCAGGAUCUGGAUCAGCCACAAGAAGUCAAGGCCGGGGCGGGUGCCCAGGACGGCAAAUUUUGGGAGGCCUACCCAUCCACGUCAACGGCGGACGCUGUGGGAACUGCACUGGAUGCGGGUCAGGGUGUAAACAUGCCGCUGCAACGCCAGACGGCAGUCAAUAGUUGCCUCCAAAACGCUUUGGGUAAUCCAACUAUCAACUCCGCUCUGAAAACCACCAAAUCCAUGUCGGCCAUGGCCCAGACGGAACCCAUCCAUGGCUCAACCAGGGCAUCCAAUCUCCAAGAGCUCGCCAACCAAGAGAGCGACUUCGUCGAGGAGGUGCGUGUGGAUGUGCCGCAGGAUUUGAGCAAUCGCCUCAACGAUAUGGCCGUUUCGUCAAUGGAGCUGUCCUUCGAAAUGGACAUGACCAAUCUGCGUCAGGCUCUGGAGAGCAAGGACACGAACGCCGUAACUCCGCAGGAUCCCAUGAUCUGUAUGCACACAAAGGUGGAAUUGGAUGCGCCUGGCACCGUGGAGAGGACGCUGCCGCUUAGGUUCAACGCCUUGAUCUCGGGCGUAGUGGAGAUCGAUACCCAGAAGUUGAGCCCCGCCCAGCUGACGGAGGACAAAAUGCCGGGCUUUAACGAUGACCUCACCUCGCUGGCUGCCAACCUAUGCAGUACCGCCUUGGAGAAAGGUUUCGCAGGAAAAUCCUCGGAUACCUACAUUGCCGACCUGGAACUGACCAAGGAUGAGGAGACUAUUCCUAAUAGGAUCAUCGAUACUUCCCAUAUGUCGGCGGCUAAUCAAGUUGGUCAAGUGCGGGAAUCCCAGCAGAAGAUAUCAGAAGAAGCGUGUGCCAUGCCCGGCAUUCAGGAGCAAGAGGUGCCAGUUCCCGUGGACAAAGACGGCUGCAAGCAUCCGCCCGUGAAACCCAAGCGCAAAUGCCCUGGCAAAUGUCCCUUAAUCACAGAUCCCUGCAAGGAGGAUCCCUGCGAGCGGCCUGGUAAGAAGAAGGCACCCAAGAAGAAAGCGUUGAAUACCACUGAGAUCACGUGCAAGGGAAAGGGCGGCGGCGGCAAGAGUGCUUGCGGCAAGGAUAAGAAGAAGGAUCCGUGUGGCAAGAAGGACAAUAAGAAAAAGGACCCUUGUGCUAAGUUCAAGUCUGGAGAGAAGAAGGAUCCAUGCGCCAAGAAGAAGACAGAUCCUUGUGCCAAGAAGAAGGCAGAUCCUUGUGCCAAGAAGAAGGAUCCUUGUGCCAAGAAGAAGGCAGAUCCCUGUGCCAAGAAGAAGGCAGAUCCCUGUGCCAAGAAGAAGAAGGAUCCUUGUGCUAAGAAGAAGGCAGAUCCUUGUGCCAAGAAGAAGGCAGAUCCUUGUGCCAAGAAGAAGGAUCCUUGUGCCAAGAAGAAGGCAGAUCCCUGUGCCAAGAAGAAGGCAGAUCCCUGUGCCAAGAAGAAGAAGGAUCCCUGUGCCAAGAAGAAGGCAGAUCCUUGUGCCAAGAAGAAGAAGGAUCCUUGUGCCAAGAAGAAGGCAGAUCCUUGUGCCAAGAAAGGUGACAAAAAGAAGGAUCCCUGUGCCAAGUUCAAGAAGGGAGGUAGUGGCGGCAAGAGCAAAUGCAAGUUCUCCACCGUUGCUAACCUACCGGAAGCAAGCAGGCGCCACUUGUCCACCGCCUUGGGCCAAGCCUUCCGUGAAUCGAAUACUGUUUCAAAUGGUCCCCGCUUCAAAGUCUACUCCACUCUUGUGCGCCGUCACUAUCGUGUCCCUGUUCCGAAAAUUGAGAGCUCUUGCCAGUGCUCGCUCUGCACGAGUCGGCUGCUACACAAGGCAGUUGCUCCGGCCCGAUUUACCAUUAACACGGCCCUCAUGAGAAGACGCUUCGGCGGACUUGCGGGAAGGAUCUCCGGUGGAGCCAUGUCACAAAGCGUCAAUCGCGGCUACGCCAAGAAGGGCAAAUCCGGCGGCAAGUGUGGCGAAAUGCAGACCAAAUACCCCAUCAAUCGUGGCAAGGACAUCAAGGAGCGAACGGGACUGCGCGAGGAUUGCUUCAACGACGAAGGCGACUGUCCAAAGAAAAGCUGCACCGGCAAAUGCGCCAAGGUCAAGUUCCCGAAGAAGAAAUGCGAUCGCAAGAAGAAAAAGGAUGACAGAAUAGGCAAUCUCUUGGCCCGGAGUUCUAUUGUCCAGCUGCAGCCGCAGAGAUCAUUCAGCACGCGGCCAUGUUGCCAUCCACCCUCUGAAAAGCGCACCGCGGAUGAUGAAGCACUUACGCUACGCAUAACGAAUCCCUACGAGAUCAGCGUGGUUCCCUUUUCCAAGCCCCGGCCAAAGGAUUUUGACGUCCUCAUUCGAACGGGCUCAGUGGCCGUCUCCAACUCGGACAUCCAUGUCUUUGAGAACGGCAAUCGGGACAUGGAAGCUAUGUCCCUGGGCCAUGAUGCGACGGGCAUCGUGGAGGAACUCGGUCGAUGCGUCCAGCAUCUGCACGUGGGUGACCGGGUCGUCAUGGAAUCGGCAUUAUCCUGCGGCAUCUGUGACCUAUGCAAGAAGGGCCUGUACAACAUGUGCUCCGGCUUGGUGUACAACGGCUUCCUGAGCACCUACCAAACGCAUCCGGCCGACCUCUGUCACCGCCUUCCUGCGUCCAUCAGCUUGGAGGCGGGUGCCCUGACGCAGACACUAGCACUGGGUUGUCAGGCGUGCUUCAAGGCCAAUGUCACGCCCACUAGCAACGUCCUCAUCCUGGGAGCCUGCCCAACGGCUGUGGCGGCCGGCAUAUGCGCAAAGGCCAUCGGAGCCAAGCGUGUGGCCAUUGCCGGUUGUAUGGCUCCGGCUCUGGAUGUGGUCGCCCGGGACUUCGGUUUCCAAGCAGUCGAGUUCGAUAGCAACGCACUGUUCGGAGAGGUCCUUGAAGCCAUCUACAGCAAGUUCCGGGACUGGCCGGACUGCGUAAUCAACUGCUCCAUCUCUGCAAUGACGAUGAAUCUGGCGGUCAUGGCCCUGCAGCCAUGUGGGGUGUGUGUGCUGGCCGAGUGCGAUUCAGAGUGUGCCAGCUUCAAUGCCCUGGACGUACUAAUGAAGAACAUCCGCCUAGUGCCCAGUUUUCGUUCCGCCAAUAUGUAUCCGACUGCUCUUCAACUCAUGCAAUCUGGUCGAGCACAUAUGCACAAAUUCAUAACGGCCACGUAUCCCCUGAGCAAGGCGGACGAGGCCUUCCGAGCUGCCCAGCACGAGUCCAACAUUGGGCUGGGCAAGGUGAUUGUUAACUGUGCGGAAGAAGUGGACGUCUAGGCGAUUCGGAGGAGAAGUUCCGAGCCGGCAUGGGUAAAAAUUUAUGGUGGAAAAAACUGUGUGAAGGCCAAAAACGAAACUCUUCUUAUUCUAAUUGAAGUUAAUUCUGUGUUUUCGACUUCAAAUUCGGAAUUAGAAUAAAACAAUAGAUUUAAGUAUUGCAACAAAAAA